CCCGUCCACAUGUUGUCAGCAGAAAUGUUAGGCACGAGGAGAGCGCACCGCACCAGACAAACAGCCUGAGAGCGCACAGACACUUCUAGAGAAUAGUUUGAAUUAUUUGUCCUUAGCCGACAGAGGAGGAAUAUUUAAAUAACAUCCAUCCACUCUCAAGUUGGAGUAUUUUUCUCUCUCACAGGAGUAUGAUGCCCAAUUCUCCUCGUAUGCCUUAUUGCACUUGAGUCUGUAGCAGAGGAAAAGAAAUGGAGACCUUCACUCCGCCUGAUAUCUUCAAUUCAACCGACCUAAACAAGAUUUUAUGUCAUUUGGGCAUCAGGAAUAUUUCGGAGUGCGAGAGCGAGCAGGACCCUUCACCAGAACCUAAAGAUAUCAACCAGACGGUUCGGAUCGUCCUCUACAGCCUCAUCUUUCUCCUCAGCGUCCUGGGCAACAGCCUCAUCGUCGCCGUCCUGGUGAGGAACAGGCGCAUGAGGACCGUCACCAACCUGUUCCUGCUGUCCCUGUCCGUCAGCGACCUGAUGGUGUCCCUGGUCUGCAUCCCCUUCACCCUCAUCCCCAACCUCAUGAGGGACUUCAUCUUUGGCACCGGGAUCUGCAAGUUGGUCAUGUACUUCAUGGGUGUCUCGGUAAGUGUUUCUACAUUUAACCUGGUGGCCAUCUCUCUGGAGCGCUACAGCGCCAUUUGCAACCCACUGACCUCCAGGACAUGGCAGACCAAAUCCCACGCUGCGAAGGUCAUCACUGCUACCUGGGUGGCAUCCUUCAUCCUGAUGCUGCCUUACCCCAUCUCUAGCACCCUAAAGCCCUUCACCCGCCUCAACAACAGCACGGGGCACAUGUGCCGCCUGGUUUGGCCCAAUGAUGUCAUCCAGCAGUCCUGGUAUGUGUCCCUGUUAUUGCUGCUCUUCCUAAUCCCUGGGAUCGUCAUGAUGACAGCCUAUGGACUCAUCUCCCUAGAGCUGUACCGGGGCAUCAAAUUUGAGUUAUCCAACAGGAAAUCCAGCAGAGACAGACAAUCCAGCACUGGCAGCAUCAAAACCGGUGACAAUGACGGCUGUUAUCUGCCGCCGACCAAAAAAAAGAGCAUCACAGGCAACUUACCCAGUUCCAGCAGUCAGCUCGCGAUGAGCCGAGUGUGCGGCAGCAGCUCUACGGCGAACCUGAUGGCCAAGAAACGCGUGAUCCGCAUGCUCCUGGUCAUUGUCUUCCUCUUCUUCCUGUGCUGGACUCCCGUCUUUGUGGUCAACGCUUGGCAGGCGUUCGACAGGCGCUCGGCCUACCGCCUCACUGGUGCUCCGAUCUCCUUCAUCCACCUGCUCUCCUACACCUCGGCCUGCGUCAAUCCCAUCAUCUACUGCUUCAUGAACAAGCGCUUCCGUAAGGGCAUGCUGGCUACGUUCACCUGCUGCAGCUGUUUGAGGCGGAAAGGCGGAGGAAGUGGAGGCUUAGGCAGAUCAACGGGAACUGGAACGGCUAAAGGGGACAGAUCUAGAGUGGGGGGGAAUUCCAAUGAGCAGAACGGUCAUACCCCGCCAAGCGGAGCCAGCACACGCUUCACCUACACCGGGAUCCGAGCCUCAGCCUGGAGUGAGCUGACUUAAAAUGGAUUGAUGCGAGUGUGUGUGUGUGUGUGUGUGUGUGUGUGUGUGUGUGUGUGUGUGUGUGUGUGUGUGUGUGUGAGUGUGUGUGUGUUUGCGAGUGCAUAGGCCUGGGUGCAAACGAGGUAAAGCCCUCUCAGUGCUUAUUGUCGUUUAUGAGAAGCUACUUUGCUUUUGCUUGGAGUUUGACAUGACAUGGGUACAACAGUUGAAGUGGAGUAGAAGUGCUGUACUUACAGUGCUCUCACAACUGAUCCACACACUGAAUAUACUUCCCAAAAGUCUGCAGAAUCCAGGGUGGAGUCAGUAAAUAUGAAGCCUUGAAAGGAAGCAGAAAAGUAAAAAGUCUGACACUCAUUAACUCACUUGAAGUCGUUCCCCUACCACAACCAUUCAGAGCUGAAUAAAGGUCCAAUUGUCUUUCCAUACAGUUUCUUUUUCAUGGAACAAAAUGCAUUAGGCAAAAUAUAGGGGAGAUAGAGGUUGGUUGUCACACGUUUCACUCUCACAUUAUUAAUACAAAUCUAAAUCUUAAAACAGCCAUUCUUUUAAGUAAUGGGUUAAAUUGUGAUGUUAUUUGUAUAAAUUAUUUUACCUGCAGAAAAAAAGAGAAAGGUCUGCACACUGUUCAGCUCCCAAAGAGCAACUUUAUUAAGGGUAACGUUUCGAUCCGAAAAGAUCAUCUUCAGGCAAAUAUAGCUGGAGACAAGCAGUCUUUUCUGAAGUUUGGCCAUUAGCAAAACAAUCAUUAUCACCUGUUGAACAGAAAAACAGGGACAAUGAAUACAACAGCCACAAGAGGGUGAAAAAGCAUACAUUAUUUUACCACCAAGUGUAUUCACCAUCAUAGAAAACAAACCCUAUCUGACUUUUUUAAAGGUUUUAUCUUAGCUACCAUAUUUGUUAAGCUAGCAAAUGAAAAGAUUCCAGGUGUAAUUCUGUAAGUGUAGACAUGAUGAAAUAGCGCCCUCUAGUUUGGCUGUGAGAAAGACACACUGUUACAACCAACCCUGGUCUCCUUUAUUCAAGGAUCAGCUUGUCAAAAUACAAUUUAAAGGGUGUAAAUAAACUCUGAUGAAGCUAGUUUACUCCUAGGUCUGCCUUUGUUUUUGUUGCGUUGUUUGUUCGUCAAAGCGCCAAAGUCCGACCAAACCAACGACUGCUAUGAUGAGGACCAGCCCAUGUUUUAGUUUUUUAUGUAAUUUUCCGACUUUUAAGGCAGCCAUAAAUGCCCUCAUUAUUUUUUAAGAACAUGGUGAUUACAUUGAUACCACUAUCAGGUCUUUAAGGUAGAGCGUAGGUGGAGUUAGCUUAGCGAUAAACAAGAGUGGUAGCAGGAAACUACUAGCUAAGAGCUGCUAACCUCUAAAGAUAAGUGUUAACAUUUUCCAUAUAUUUUUUUCAUCCUUAUUCACACAGAGGCAGUGAAACGAUUCAGCUGUAUCAGUUAAUGCUCUGUAUGCUAAGCUAAGCUAAUAGCACCCUGUAUCGAGCGCCAUCCUGAAUGUAGAGCGAAAGCAAUUUAUUUUAUUUAGCUUGUUUUUCCUGCUCGCACAUUUAGGAUUACAUAAAUCAAACAUUUUCCUUUUCUUUAUAGACAUAACUGCCACAAUUUGUUGAAACAGAUUCAGAAAGAAAUGUUAACAGGAAAUGAGGAUCAGUUAUCUUAAAAAAAUAAAAUAAUGGCCUGAUUGGUUCCUUAUAUUUAUUUUCAAGUUCUUUUUAAAGAGUACUUAUUCUGCUAUUUUCAGGAUUGGCUGCCUGUCACACUGUAGUUAUCUGUACUCGGCAGUUUCAAAACAGUCCUUAAGCACAGUUUUGCCCUUGUCCUUGACCUAAUCUGUGUGUGUGUGUGUGUUUGUGUAUGUGUGCGUGUUUACUGUGGCAAGGAGACAGGCCUUAUCAUUUAGUGAGACUUUUCCCACCUGUAUCCUCUCUCUUCAAACAGUGAAUUCCCAGCAUUACCCUCCUCAUUGAUUCUAGCAGUUAAAAACAGCAGCAUUUAUGUAGCAAGUGUUUUUUUUGUAUUUUUUUUGUUGUUGAAAGAUUUCUUUUAAUGCAUACCGUGCCUAAUCUGACAGAGAUCCUGUUGAACAUAUGAUUGAAUGUAAUCCCAGAGACUUUUUUUCACACAUGAUUGUGAUUUUUCUUUUUGUUAUGUACAAACACACAGCUCUAUUCUGAAUAACAUACCGUCUUUUUGAACAUAUAAGACCUCGAGUUCCCAGUUUGUUACUGUCGGCAGUGACUCAUGGUAGAGAAACUUGGAGCUUUUAACGGCUUUUAAUAAAAGUGAGUCAAGAAGGACAGAGGGCAUCAGAGCCAAGAAAAGCGAGAGAGAGAGAGAGCGAGAGAGAGAGAGUUUGAAAAUCUGUUGGGACUCCUUCCCAGCGGUAAGAGAUCCAUUUGGACAAACACGUGAUCCCCUUCACCCUGCAGCCGCUGGGAUACACUCAACUGUAACUGGGAGGACGAGGAAGAAGAAGAGGAAGAAAAUGGUUUAAAAAGGACACAUCUGUUGUUUUUGUUUUCUUAAAUCAGUUGAUGCCUCUUAAAAACACACACAACGUGAGAUUUGAUAUCACUUUUUUUAUUUUUCAUUUUUAUGCCAAUAUUGCAAGUUUUUUUCUCCUUUUUUAUUUUAAUGACAUACAGAUUUUUGAGCAUGAUCUGGAGCUGCAAUAUGUACAAAAACAAAACUAAUGUUAUGUUAUAAAAAAAACAA